AUGCAGAUUUUUGUGAAGAAUUUGACUGGGAAGACGAUUACUCUUGAGGCCGAUGCCUCUGACACUAUUGACAACAUCAAAGCCAAGAUCCAGAAUAAGGAAAACCUUCCCCCGGACCAACAGCGGCUCAUUUUCUCUGGGAAACAGCUGAAGGAUGAUCACGCACUCUCUGAUUACAAUAUCCAGAAGGAGUCGACUGUUCAUCUAGGUAAUGUUAUUACUGCAUUCAUGAUACCCUCGCUUCAUACCACUGACACUUUACGUAGCGCUUCGUCUCCGCGGCGGUGGCUACCCGCAAUAUAUCUUAACCAAAGCCGCUGA